AUGCAGAUCACUAAGAUUUCCCUUUUCCUGUUCGUUGGCAUAGGUGUGGUUGCUAGUCCCAUUCAUGCCGAGUCUGACGGCCUCAAUGCUAGAGCCGUGAAUGCUGCCGACCUUGAGUAUAAAGGAGAAUGUUUUACAAAGGACAACACUUGUAAAUACAAAAUUGAUGGGAAGACAUACCUUGCCAAGUGCCCUAGCGCCGCCAACACAAAGUGCGAGAAGGAUGGAAAUAAGUGCACAUAUGACUCCUACAACAGAAAGGUCAAGUGUGACUUCCGCCAUUGA